UAACAAAUAUCUUUUCCAGGCGGUGUCCGAGAUCAUACAGACACUUCUUUUGAAGAAUGUGCGUUAAGAGAAACUGAAGAAGAAAUUGGUUUGCCAAAAGAAAAAAUUAAAAUUUGGGCUUCUGGAAAUUUAAUUAAACCUCCGCAUACAGCAGCUAUAAUGCCGAUUGUUGGUUUCGUUGAUGACUUUAAUUCAAAUGACUUAAAACUAAACAAAUUCGAGGUUGAAAAAGUGUUUAUUAUUCCAAUAAAAGAUCUUUGCGACAGCAAAAACAUUCGUCAUACACAAUUCAGAAAUGGUUAUAGUUCUCCCGUAUUUCUUUUGGAAGACAAACAUACAAAAAUAUGGGGAAUAACUGGUAUGAUAACACUAUUCUUUUUAAGUAGUUUACUUCCGAGAGAUGUAUUUAAACCCAAAUUACCAUACAUUGUGCCAUAUGAUAAAGUUAAAAGUUGACAAUAAAUUAUUAACGAAUCGUGACGUAGUUAAAAUUUUACAGAAUUUUUAUGAAACUAUGUACCUACCUAGCUAUCACAAAUCUUUUCGGAUAUAACAUUUUAUUUUUAAAAUUUUGCAAAUAACACAUUGGUUAUGGACACCCUUAAAAAAUAUCUUAAAUCAAUUUUAUCAAAGUUAAAAUUAUAAAAAAUAUUUAUAUAAGAAUUGUAAAACUAGGCAUUGUUAUAGCAAAUAAAGAAAGUGUAUAUUUUUUUUUA